CCAGGAAGGAAAACACAGUCACUCAACAGUUGAUGUGCAUCUGGAUCAUUACAAGCAUUGGUUGAUUUUCUUCCGAACAUAGUGAGGGAAGUUUACCCGCUGCGACGUCGAGCGAAGAGGUUUUUCUUCAACACAUUAUGGCUUCUCGGAAGAAGGUACUGCUUAAAGUGAUCAUCCUGGGGGAUUCAGGAGUCGGGAAGACCUCUUUGAUGAACCAGUAUGUGAAUAAUAAGUUUAGUAAUCAAUAUAAGGCCACUAUUGGAGCUGAUUUCCUCACCAAAGAGGUGAUGGUGGACGACAGACUUGUCACUAUGCAGAUUUGGGACACAGCUGGUCAAGAGCGAUUUCAGUCUCUGGGUGUGGCUUUCUACAGAGGGGCGGACUGUUGCGUACUGGUCUAUGACGUCACAGCACCAACUACGUUUAAGACUCUGGAAAGCUGGAGGGAUGAGUUUCUCAUUCAGGCCAGUCCACGUGACCCAGAAAACUUCCCUUUUGUUGUGCUAGGCAACAAAAUUGACUUGGAGAACCGACAGGUUACAACAAAGCGGGCUCAAGCGUGGUGUCAGAGUAAGAAUAGUAUCCCCUAUUUUGAGACCAGUGCCAAAGAAGCCAUUAACGUGGACCAGGCCUUCCAAACUAUAGCUCGCAAUGCACUUAAACAGGAGUCCGAAGUGGAGACGUAUGAUUUUCCGGAUCAGAUUAAACUAAGAGAUGACAGACCUGCCUCCACUAGUGAUGGCUGCAGCUGCUGAAGGAGAAAAGAAACAUGGCAUGGAAUAGAAAGAUCUAGUUUAAAUAAAAGGAAGGAGAGAUGAAAGGAUGGAAAAGAUCCAGGCCUGUCACUCUAGCACCCAUCCUUCCCUCUUGAGUUUUUGUUUUCUCCUUUGAAAUCUCCAGGGUAUCAAAUGCCACAUGUGAAAGCUGAACAUCCAUUUUAUUGCUGAACUUCAAGUAACGUGUGGUAUGAUGAACUGUCCAUGGAACAGGAAGACCGAUGUUUUGCAAAUCCUCUGAGGUUGCAUUUACAAUAUUACAAGUCUUACUAUCACUACAGAUGUCGAAGAAUUUCCUUGUCACUACUCCUGCUGUCCAUGUCAUUUUAUUUUUAUUUUCUCUGAAAGGAUUCUUUUUGUCUGCUUAUUCAUUGGGACAUUUUGUCAUUAAUCUCUGCACCAAUUUAAAUCCUAUGCAGAAUGUGCAUUCUUUAAUAUAUAUAUAUAUAUAUAUAUAUAUAUAUAUAUAUUUAAUAGGGCUGGGCGUUAUAUUUGAUAUUAUGUUGUUGCUAAUAUAAAAUUAACUAACAUAGCGAUCAUUUUUUUUAUAUUGUGCUUUUCAUGUUGAAAAAGUUUAAGCUGAAGUGCAUAACUUUUUCUGAAUACUUUCUCCUAUCCCAGCUUAAUACGUUGAGACAACUAUAAGUAAGCCAUUCGGAGGUGGCCAUUUUCUCGAAAACUGUAAACACUGUGUCUCUGUGGAGCUACAGUAUAAAAAUUCCUCUUUUUGUUUUGAGUGACCCAUCCAGCCAGACACAGCAACUUUUUUCACAGAAAUUAUUGCUCCCGCUCCUUGUGUCACUGCUUGCGAGACUGAGAUACUUUCAUAGUGACUCAGUUGCAAAAUGCAGAUAGAAGUAACCAAUUCCAAUUGAAGUGUCCAAUUUAGUUUGAAAGCAUUCAUUCAAAGCACUGGUUUAACAAUUCGUUCACAUUUGUAGUGUUUUUACUAGUCAAAUAUUUAAAGCUGAACAAGUACUCGAUUACUUGUUCACAUCAUCCCUGAAAAAUGAUUACGGAAGUCCCUGCAUUGCAUUUUACAUGCUUUGCUAUGUUUUAGAAAAGAAACAUUAAUAGGUAAUUAUUGCCAUAUAUUAGUAUAUAUUGAUUUAUUGGUGCAUAUGAAUCAAAAUGAUCAAGAAUAAUUCUUCCUUGCGUACAUUAAGGGAAUGCAUGUGGAAAACAUUCCUUGGUUUUUUUUAACUACAUUUUACUUCUUGAUGUAAACAUGUUAAAUCUACUUGGCAGCAGUGGCUGUUUGGUAGACAUGACAGUUCAUCUGAUUGAAAAUGAAAGAGUCCCUGUUCAAACUAUUUCAGGGCAAUAUGAAUAUCGAUUCAAUAUAUAAAGUAUACUGUCAAAAGGAUUCAAAUAUAACUAUAUAGCCCAGCCCUAAUAUGCCAUGAAGGACAAACGGCCUUUUUGAAGUGGAUAACAAAGUGGAUUUUUAUAAUCGUGUAUAUUACCUUAAUUGGUCAUAAAAUUUGGCUGUUGUAGGUUUCUGACAUAAAACAUCAGUUUUUGUUUUUCAAUUUAAUUUGACUGUACAUGAUUGUUUUUGUAAAAAAUAUCUUCAGAAUGUUUCUUAGUCUAAAAAUACAAGUGAUGAACUUCUACAAAACAGGUAUUUAUUUUUUUGGACAUAGUGAAUCAUUUGUUCAGUGCUUUUCAUUAGAGGUCGUGUAAAUUGCAGAACUGACAUCCAAAUAAGUUGCACACGGUACAGAAAAAAAACACUCAUGAUGUUACUCUACGUGUUUUGAUUUGCCUUUGUACAUUUACAUGGUAUAUUGUAUUAAUUAAUAUAUAUCCAUAGCCUACCUAAACGCUCCUCAGUUUUGUAAGCCAAAAUGCAAACUUGCAGUAGGAAUCUUUUGAUUUUGGCCAAAUGUAAGAAUGACUUGAAAACCAAAAAAAGGUAAAUAAAGGAAACAUUUACAACCAAGC